CAGAUUGUGCUCCAGGUCAGAAGACAGUGUAUGGUGUUGGUAGAAACGAAAGAGUUUGUGUUACGUGUCAUCUCGAGGCUGAUCCCAUCGAUAUUUCUUUUCGAUGGAGUUUUAAUAACUCCCAAAAAUACCUUGAUAUUAUGACUUUUAACAGUUCAGGGACUAUCAGUUCAGCCUACUUUAUACCAAGAACUAAGUUUGACUAUGGUACACUUUUGUGUCGUGGAAAGAACAGUAUUGGAGAACAGCGUAGACCUUGUGUUUUCACCAUCAUUCCAGCUGGUAAACCUGAAUCUGUUUCUAACUGUACUAUCAACAAUCAGACAGAACGUUCACUAAACCUUGCUUGUGAAGCAGGAGAUGACGGAGGUUUAUUACAACAAUUCCAUCUAGAAAUAUACAGUAGAAAAUAUCAGAUAUUGCUAGUUAACAUGACAUCACUCGAUCAUCCGGUAUUUGAAGCUGUUGGCUUACCAUCAGGCAGUCCUUUGAGGAUUGUUGUUUACGCUUCCAAUGCCAAAGGGAAAAGCUCGAAAGUGACAUUAACGGCCACAACACUCUUUACUGCUGAAAAACACAUAGGGUCAGUGCCUCAGGUAUUCAUUAGUCCUGUUCUGGCUGUUCUCUUGGGUAUUAUACUCGUGUUAGCCAUCUUGGCGUUCGUUAUUCUAGUUAUUGUGAAGAAAAGAAGAUCCGAGAUGAAUAGAGGUGAGACACCUCUAACGGACACAGAAGAUAAGUCAGAUCAACAUAAAAUGAAGAACCCAGAAGACCGUUCUGAAACAAAAGACAGGUGUCCAGACGUUAUACCUCCCCGAAACGUUCCAUCAGGACCAGAAUAUACAGAUAUAGCCUUAAAUGUUACCACAAAACCUACAGAUUUGGCCAGUCAAUGCACGUAUGAAAACCUUAAUAAACAGCGGGAGCAUACUUAUGAAAAUAUCAUAAGUAAACCACAAUACACAUCAAAAAAGAAUAACGAAGAACUUACAUACGCCGAGUUGAUUUUACCAGAAAAUAAGACCAAUACUGUAAGAAAAUCUGUCGAUCCACCAACAGAAUACGCCGAUAUAGACUUCCAUAAGUCUAGUAAACUAGCAUCGUCUCCAGGCAACGAAACGGAGGAGGAAGAGGAAGGCUUCUCUGUGGAAACUCCGUUAAUGAACAACCGAAAAGACGAUAAAAAGUGGCUGCAAAUGGAACGAGAGAAACCAACGGUAUCCACUCCUGUUUGACAAAAUAUUCCUUUCUUGUAUCUGAGGGUCUAUCUGUCUCGAUGUUUUGCUAACAAUCCCUUAAAUAACACGAUGAAAGAAGGCUACCCUGCUGCCUAUGUGUAUGCGUGAGAUACUCUCGCGUAUUUCUCUACAAAGUGAUUCAUCACGAGAAAUGGAUUCAACAGCUUGAAGGACUACAAUAGCUUAGAAAACAAAAAUCGACCCAUUUCUUAGCGCAGGCUGACAAACUAUGGAAGAAAGCAACAUAUUCCAUUUAUGACGUAUUUAUUUUUUUCUGGAGAAAACAGCAUAAUCCAUUUCUGCUGUCUAUUGUUAUAUGUAGGAUUUACAAGAAGGCUGAAAAGUGUCUCGCUUCUCUCACGGACAUUGAUUAAUAUUUUGUUUUUAACAAACAAUAUCAUAAGAUAAAUAAAAUCACGACCUAUGUCUCCGGAAUAUAACUUUAUUAGCUCAACAUUUCGCUAUUACAGCUUCGUCAGGAGCUAUCAAUAUACUCUAAGUUCCCUAAUCCAGUUAAAUGUCUCACAGUAAGCUCCAGUUUGCGUUAAACAAUGUUAAGAAUAAAUAUCAUAAGAUAAUUUCAUCAUUUUCUGUUGUUGCUAUUCAGCACUGGUUGCUACGUUAAAAGGCGCUCCAUUGUUUGUUUUUAUUAUUAUACAAUGAGUAUUGUUAAUUAAAUAAAUUAUUUCAUAUACUUUCUCAAUGGAGAAUUGAAAAUAAAAUUAUAUCAGUCACAAUAAGAACUGUGUUAUGAGUGGGAAAUAUUUCAAUUUGCUGAAGACGGUAUACCAGUUGUAAAACGUAUAUUUAGUC